UUUGUUUAUCUCAUAUCAUUGAAUAAAUACACUAAAUAUAAUAGGUACACUGAUAAGACUGAUAACAAAAUGGUUUCGAUUGGUUUGCCAUUAUUUGAAAGCUAAAUUCAGUACAACCUCGGUCUAAAACUCAUUUCAAAAUGCUUAAGAGCAAAGAUUCAUCCCCAACAAUACCUAUUUUGGGAUCUAUUGAUAAUAGUGGUUUAGCGCAAAGGAGGGCCUCUCGGGACUUACUUAAAACUACUUACCAUAAAUUUGAAGACUAUGAUAAUGUCUCUUUGGACAUUGUACAGAACACUAACAAGUCUAUGAAGCAGAUUUCAUUGAUUACCAAUAUGUCCCGCGAAAACAUGGUGUGCUUUAAGUGUGGGGAUGGUUUUGAAUUGCAAGAGAAGAUUGUCAAUUGUACAGGUCAGCUGUUCCAUCAACAGUGUUUUGUAUGCGCACAGUGCUUUAGAGAAUUUGCAGACGGCGUGUUCUAUGAAUUUGAUGGUAGAAAGUACUGUGAACACGACUUUCAUGUAUUGUUUGCUCCCUGCUGCCAAAAAUGCGGCACAUUUAUUAUCGGCCGAGUAAUUAAAGCAAUGAAUGCGUCAUGGCACGCAACUUGCUUUACAUGCGAGAUGUGCAAUACGGAGCUGGCUGACAGAGGAUUUAUUAAAAACGGAGGUAGAGCGUUGUGUCAUGAUUGCAAUGCAAAAGUAAAAGCUAGAGGGCUUGGAAAAUACAUUUGCCACAAAUGCCAUGCAAUGAUAGAUGGUCAGCCAUUGAGAUUCCGCGGGGAGGUUUACCAUCCAUACCAUUUCAACUGUACCGCUUGUGGCAUAGAAUUAGAUGAGAACGCUCGCGAAGUGCGCAAUAGGCCGGGAUUGGCAAAAAACGACACAAAUGAGCUCUAUUGUUUGCGCUGUCACGACAAAAUGGGCGUGCCAAUUUGCGGAGCUUGCAGACGUCCCAUUGAGGAGAGAGUCGUAACAGCAUUGGGCAAGCAUUGGCAUGUUGAGCAUUUUGUCUGUGCAAAAUGCGAAAAACCAUUUUUCGGUCAUCGGCAUUAUGAAAAAAAAGGGUUGGCCUACUGCGAGACUCACUACCACCAACUCUUCGGCAAUCUCUGUCAUUUGUGCAAUCAAGUUAUUUCCAGUGACGUUUUCACUGCUUUGAAUAAGGCGUGGUGCGUCCAUCAUUUUGCCUGCUCGAUUUGCGACCAGAAAAUGAACCAAAAGACCAAAUUCUAUGAGUGCGAUUUGAAGCCGGUUUGUAAGAAGUGUUAUGAAAAGUUCCCAAACGAACUUCGUAGACGCUUGAGGAGACAACACGAGGCAACACCACGAAGAGCGCUUACUCCAUCUGAUAAUAAAUAAGAAAGUAUUUAUUACAGUUCUUGGAAGUUAACAAAUUUUUGAUUUUUUUUUUAAAUUAAAUUGUAUUAAAAUUUCUAAUCGCCGCUGUUAUUUUUAAAAAUAAUUAUUAAAAACUAUUUCUGGCUGGCUAUGUAUUUAAUUAACGAAUGUGUAAUUGUCUAUGUGUAACAAAUUAAAAAUUAUUAAUUUUUUGGAA